AUGUGGCUCAUUGAUGCCAAAACGACCCGCCUCGUACACGUCAACGACGUGGCCGACAAGCCGCGGUACGCGAUUCUAUCGCACACCUGGGGCGAGGGCGAGGUGUCAUUUCGCGACAUGUCCGCUCGCAGCGCCCGGAUUUCGAGGAAGCCACAGCGGCGGCCCGCUUGGUCCAAGAUCGAGAACUCGUGCCGUCUGGCCCUGAGCUACAAGUGCGACUACGUCUGGAUCGACACAUGCUGCAUCGACAACUCCAGUAGCUCCGAGCUGCAGCAGGCCAUUAAUUCCAUGUUCCGGUGGUACGAGCGGGCGGAGAUCUGCUUCGUCCACCUAGCGGAUGUUUCCGUCGACAAGGACCACAACAGGCUCAAGUCGGCGUUUCGUGACUCCCGCUGGUUUAAGAGGGGGUGGACUCUCCAGGAACUACUGGCCCCUUCGACUCUGGUGUUCUACGACAAGACGUGGAGUGUUAUCGGCGCCAAGGAUGACGCUGAUCUCCGAGGGUCUAUCUCGGAGGUGACAGGGAUCGAUGAAUAUUAUCUUAAUCCAGCAAACAGGAUCGUGUUCAGCAGUGUACAUCAAUGGCUCUCUCGCGCAAGUGUCGCAGAGAGGCUGUCUUGGGCGGCUGGGAGGGAGACAACACGGGCUGAAGACAUGGCCUACUGCUUGCUUGGUAUAUUUGACAUCAACAUGCCCAUGCUAUAUGGAGAAGGGAUCAAGGCAUUCAAAAGACUCCAGGAAGAAAUCAUGAAAGUCGACGAUGACUGCUCGCUCCUCUGCUGGGGCUACGACAUGGCACAAGAAGCGCUGACAAUUUUCGAGGAUGAAUCGUCAAUCCUGGCUCCUCACCCAAAAUACUUCAAGAACUGCCGCGGAAUUAAGCCCUGUACUCUUCCAGGAUACAUGAUGCCUUCUUUCUCUCUUAAUCAAAGAGGAUUGAAAAUCAAAGCACCUAUCCUCGACGACAUCACGCAUGCACACCUCUCCUAUGUAGUAUUGGGUUGUGGCUUCGUCCCCGAAACUGAUAGAGGUAACGAACAAGGCAAAGCGGGUUCGAGAUUAUUCGUCUCUCUUCCACUUGUCUCCAACGGGGCCUGUAAAAGUAGAGCGGGCGAUGUAGAGACACAACAAGGAGAGUACCAUCGACCUACUUGGUGCAGACCGACGUUGGUCUCCAUGAAAUCUUUGAAAAAGGCCAAGUUAAAGGAGCUUCUCAUACGAAGAGCUGCUUCCAAAUCGGCUGUUACGAUACGGAGAUGCCCGUUCCGCCUCCUGUUCCAGACUUCACCACUGUUCAAGACCGAACAUGUAGUGGCCAUUUACCCACCCCAGCCCAUACCUGGCGCUCUGGCCUCACUCGGCAGAAAAGCAAUGCACCAAACAGGUUUCUGGGACGACUCUGACAAAAGAAACCCCCUUUCGGACAGUUAUGUGCGGAAGAUACGUUCUGACACCAGUAGUUCAGAAGGCGACGAUCCAGACAACCAGUUACUCAGCGACGUGCAGGUCAUGAUUCAUCUGAAAUUUUCAGCCAGCGAGAUGUUUCUUGUUACUGUAGAGCUGGGAGACUCGAUUGGGCACAGAAUCUUUAGAUGCCGCUUGUAUCAGUGCGCCAAGCAGUUAGGAUUCGAAGACUUGCAUGCAUUAUCAAUAUCCCAAGACUAUGACCAGCUCCGGAUAUUAGGGUGUGACCACAUGGGUGGCUACUUCAGUUUCAAGAUGAAUGACGAGUCAAGCGUGGCGGUUGAAGCUAUGUAUACUAGUAUGAGCGAUAUUGAUAGGGUGAUAAUAGGUGUGCAUGAGAAAGGAGCAACUUCAUGA